AGUUGGAGUCACAACAUGAGCAAGGAUUUAUUUCUUUUUUGAUGUAUUUUGAACAGAACACUCUUGAAAAGAACAGAAUGAACUUCCUUUCCUAUGUUCUGGAGAAAUGAUUAUUAUCACUUCCAAUCUGGAAGUAUUCAUGUGACAGGUCCUUCUCCCUUUUCCUGAGUCAUGAAGCCCAUUGAGAUGGCAGCCCUGGGAAGGUCUUUGUAUCCUGGCACGUUGUAUGAUUGUCGCAGAGAUUCCUUUAUUCCAGGUGUUACUCUGUGGGAUAAAGCAUCAUUAACUCAGGAUUUGGAAGUGCAUCGACGGCCAUGCACAGAUCUGAAAUUCUCUGCUUCUGACUCCCUCAGUGAAAAGGCCAGCCUCCUAGAUGUGAGUGCUUCCCUUAAAGGCAGCUUUCUGGGGGGUUUGGUGGAGGUUGGAGGGUCAGCCAAAUACUUGCGUGAUCAGAAGACCUCAGCACAUCAGUCCCGGGUUACUCUGCAGUACAGCCAGACAACAAGAUUUGAACAUCUUACUAUGACUCAGCUGGGCAACAUCACCUACCCUGAGGUGUUUGAGGAGAAGACCGCCACUCAUGUUGUUACAGCUGUUCUGUAUGGAGCUCAGGCUUUUAUGGUGUUUGAUAAAACAUUCUCAGAGAAUGAAGACAAACAAGAGGUCGAGGGACAUUUAAAUGUAAUGGUUAAGAAGAUCCCUUUACUUUCCAUUGAGGGUGAAGGAGACCUAAAGAUGAAUGACAAAGAAAAGGAAAUGGCUGAACAUAUCAGCUGUACAUUUUAUGGCGACUGUGUGCUUGAGGAGAAUCCUACCACAUACAUGGAAGCCUUGCAGCUAUACAAGAAGCUACCAUCUCUGCUGAGGCAGAGGGAGGACGAUGCUGUACCAGUGAAGGUUUGGCUCUAUCCUCUUGCACUGUUGGACAAAAAAGCAGCAAAGCUGGAAAGAGAAAUUGGUGCGACACUGAUAUCUAAAGUAGAGACUGUAUUGGAGGAGCUGGGAGAAGCAGAGAGAAAAUGCAAUGACUUGGUUAAAAACAGAACAGUAAGUGAUUUCCAGGAUGUGAAAGACAGGCUGCAAAUAUUCCAGCAAUCAUUUGGUGAAUACAAAGUGUUGUUCCAAAAAGCCCUGUACAGGAUCUUUCCUGCUAUCCGCAGUGGAGAGGUGAAUGACCAGGCACUGACUGACAUCCUGUUGAUCCAUGGCAAGUCCCUCUUUCAGGCUAAUAUGCUGAGAAAGUGGUUAGAAAAUGUUCAGAGUGAAAUAGAUCUGCUGAAUUCCUACACCAGGGAACUGAGUGAUGUCCCAGUAAUAACAUCUUCAGGCCAGUUCAGCAGCAUUCUGUUAAAUCCCAAUGUUGACACAGUAGUUUGCUUCUCCUUCACUUCUCUGAAAUAUGAAGACCCUUAUCUUUCAGCUAUAACUGAGUUCCUCAGAGUCAAUGAGUUUGAAAAGCUGUCAGCAAUUCCAAAAUCAAGUCACCAAGACAUCCAGGCCUGGUUCAGCAAUCCUGAAAUAUCUGAGAAGAUGAGAGAGAAUCUUUUUCUCUUCAAAAGUUUUUCUGAGGCCAAUAAAGACAAAAAUAAAACCAGGUUUGUCAUCGCCUCAGUGUCAGACUCCACCAAUCCUGGCACCUCCAUCCAUCUAUAUGGAAAAGGGAAAAUGUUGGACAGCAGCUUUCAGCCUGUGUCAAAGCCUCCAGCUCCCAGCAUUGACAUUCAGGACAGGAAUGUGAUCCUGAAGCUCCAGAAAUCCUCAACUGGACUGACUGUGCGGUACAGAGUGGAACACAAAGCUGCACUGACAGAUGUUUCAGAUGUUGAUGCUGUAGACUGGGAAUUCACAGACACUCCGGAUGCACAAGAAACCUUCACACUACCUGGAUUGCAGCUUGCAAACCAGUACUGGGUCCGUUACCGAGCAGUUAGUGAUGUGGGAGUGAGCGAAGCCAGUGACUCUGUUCCCUUCUCCCUUCAAGACAAGGAUAUUACUACAUCCUUCUGUAAUGAACUAAGGAAUAAGAUAAUGACCAGCUUGAUCACCUCACGGUGGAAUCUGUCAACCAUCAGGUCAGAGGUCAAAAAUCGAGUCAGCGACAUUGGCACUCCAUAUGUGGCUGCGAUCCCUGAAGGGCUGAAACCAGGAAUGGCAUUCUUCUUCCAAGGUGUGGUUCAUCCAGAUGGAAAUGGGUUUGACAUAGAAUAUAGGACUGGGCCAAAGGAAAACAGUACCACUGUGAUGAUAUUUUCCUUCUGCAGAAUUUCCUUCCCAUUUAUGAUGUUUCUCAACAGUUAUGGACGUGAUUUACCCAGAGGAUCAGCCUUUGAUAUCUUUAUUGUCACCAAGACAGAUGGCUAUGAGUCACCACAGAUUAAACCCUAUGUGUACUCAAUCACUGGAGGGUUGAGAGCUGGACUGAUUUUGUUCUUCCAAGGUGUUGUUCCUUCAGAUGCCAAAAGAUUUGAAAUAAAUCUGAAGACGGGGCCAAAGGAUGGUGAUGAUGUUGCAUUCCACUUCAACCCCUGCUUUCGUGAGACAAGGCCUGUGGUCCGUUUCAGCUUCAUAAACAGGCAGAGGGAGAAUCCAGAAGAGACCCCAGAGGGUCCUUUUAGCAAGGGAGGAGCCUUUGACAUAUGCAUGGCAAUUAAUCCAGAAGGCUAUAAGGUAAUUGUGAAUGGACACAGGUUCUGUGUUUUCAGUCACUGCAUACCACUGGAGAAAGUGUCUGUGCUUAAUAUCGGUGGAGAUGUCUUCAUGAACACCUUUGGCAUAAUUGAAGUGGACCAUAUCAAUAAGAAGGUCAUCAUUCCUGCCCAUUUUUUAAGAGAUUGAUCAUCUAACCUUGAGUUAGAACUGUAUCUUGGAUAUACUGGGUUGCUGACACAGAAAUCAUUGCAUUGAUAUGAAAGUAUGUAGUACUUUAUAUUCAUUUUUUUAAUCAGUUGAGUAGGACAAAAGGGUGGCUCAUAUCUUGUUAAGAACAUGAUGACAAACAUGGAAGGACCAUGUAACUUUGCACAUGUGAGCAUACUUUAAACAUGUUUCACAGUGUUUUCUAAUGAACCAACAUCACCAUCUGGGAACAUCAAAAUAGCCAGAAAAUGUAACCCUAUCACAUUUUAAUGUCAUCAUCUUGAAGUCUAUUGGUUGUACAGACCUCCGGUUUGGACGUAAAGUCAGUGAACUAUUGUAGUUUAACCAGUGACCAAAGAAUUUAGAUUAACCAGUGAUCAUAACUAUGACGGGGGUAUUAAUGUUAACUGAUAAUAUUGGCAGAUAGAAGACUACCAAAGUGAGAAUGAGAAUUAAAAUGAAAAACAGUGACUAUUGUGAAAGCCUAUCAGUAUUCAGAUGAUAAAAGAAGAUAGAGUGAUUUGAUUAAAUAGUUCUCUUUACUUUGUAAAUUUGUUUGAAAUCUUGUACCACUGCUUAUACUACAGCAGUGCCUAAACAAAUGAGAGUUUUCUGUUCUGAAGUAUGAACUGUACUAUCUGAAGGAUUGUCUUAAAUUUGCAUAAUAAGCGCAUUUAAAAAGUAGCGAUAUUGCAUUAUAAUCAUAUGCCACAUGUUGAAACUACACAAGCACAAAAGCCUAGGUAGAAGUCAGCUUCUGAGAAUGUGAAUGAAUGAAUGCAUGUGGGUUUUCCAUUGAUGAACUGCAUCUUCUGAAGCUGUUAAACUUGUUUACAUUAUCAAGGUUUUAGCUAACCACCCUGUGCUAGAUAAUAAAGUGGAGGAGGAAAGUGGAAAAUAUUUAGAAUUCUACAUGAUCUGUAAGUCUGCCGUUGCUUGUAGUAAACUUGUCUUCAUAUCUGUGUCCAUUUAAUGAACCAUUUAGAACUCGCCUGUUCUGAAUUGACAAUGAUACUAAACGUAUUCCUCUCCUGUUUGGGACUCUGAUAUGGAGUUGGCUGGAGUUGGUGAACAUCACAUUGUCCUGCUGAUUACACUGUUAUGCUGCCUUUGUCUUCAGCUGUGUUUGAAGAUUUCACUCUUUAGCUUUAAUUGAGUUCUUUUCUGCACCUGCUUAAAUAAAGAGUAUCUGCUUUGUACCUCUA